CCCAAUUUUCGAUUUGAUUCCAACAUGGCAAAAGAGACGCGGCUUUCGUUCUCCGGGGUUGAGGGGCGCAUGCGGUAUCGUUCGAUCGCUAGAGCCAUGCUUGAGCGUGCACAAGAUGCCUUUUCACAUGGCAAGAUACUUGAUACUUGCGCAAAAGUAGCUGCAGAGCUAAACGCAACGGAUUUGUUCAAAGAGAACGGAGUUGGGAAGUUACAACCUUACACCCUUCAGAACAAGUGGAGGCAAAUCAUAAAUGAUGCCCUUGUCUUCUCUGACCAGAUACAGAGAGGAAGAGUCGUGGACAAUUGGGGUGAAUGGGAGCAUAUUCUAGAUCAAAUAGCGCGCGAGAAACAGAAAUAUGACAAGAGUAAAGGAAACAGGCCUGAACACCGAAGACGAGAAUUUCUUCAUCAUCUCUUUUCUGGGCAGGCUGGAGGACUACCUUCACCUCCAAAGAUAUCAGGCAACGCCAGUCAAACCUCGGGAAACCUAACUGCACGCGCUCAGGGCAACUCUGAGUUCCAUUCGAUUCAGUUCGAAGGUUUUGGGGACGGAGUGGAAGGAAGAGGUCUGAGGAAAACUCCAAGUGAACAUCUCGAAGGAGCGCUGGCGUUGAAACGAAUGAAACUUUCUGGCGAACAGGGUACAGUAGACGCCAUGGUUGAUAGUGACAACCCCAAGAUUCAGACGCUUCAGGAGUAUACUCUGUUGCAGAAUCAGUACAUUGACUUUGUGAAAGCCAUGAAGGAUUGCGCAGACGAGGACGACAGGGAAUUCAUGGCUGCGCAGAAGAAGAAGAUCAAGGGGAUGUUGCAAAGUUUGCAGUCAAAAGUGGAGGGACUGUAUGAAAACGAGCACUCAUGA